AUGGCCAGUCCUUGGUGUUUUGGACGCUUCUUCAGAAGGAGACGGGGUGCUAAGGUGUUCCAGAGCGCCGAAGGCACUGCUCAGUACACCGAGCUCCCCGCUGCUUCCAUUGGCGAUGGUUCGCAAGGCCAGGUCAGGCAAGCUAUCAGACGUGGCACAAACAUGGCAGUCGCCAUCAAGUCGUCAUUCAAGCGGCGAGAUCCCAAAGGAGUCACGCAUGAGAUUGAUAUUCUCAGGGAACUAGGAAAUCACCAGAAUGUGAUCGAGAUUCUGGACAUGGUAGUGGAUGUCGACGACUGCUUGGCAACUCCGCACAUGGUUAUGAAGAAAUGCCACAGAGAUUUGUGGACUUGGCUGCAGGAGUCCGUUCAGCCAAUCUCCGCAUCCGUGCGAGCAGAAAUCACCAGGCAACUGUUUUCCGGUCUGGCUUUUCUGCACGAGCGGGGAGUAGUUCACUGCGACCUUCACCAGAAAAAUGUCCUUGUGCACGGACACAGCGGCCAAAUAAAGAUCACCGACUUUGGCUCGUCACGACGCUCCUCGGAUGAAGAUACCCGUGAGCACGUGACCGUUUACAAGCGGCGCGAUAUUAGGUCAAUGACUCAGUAUGUAGUGAUUUCGAUGUGGCUGGAUGGCAUGGACAAGUAUCGCACACAAGUGUACAUCAGCAGGCUGCACUUUUUGUAUCGGGGCGUCGAUACGGUCCUUGUGGGGAAGGCCCAAUACUGGAUGGUGAUUCAACCCAAUGAAAUUUACCGCAAGCUCGCCUUGGUGAACAACGGCGGGUUGGAACGGUUUGAUGACUCCAUGAAUGAUCAUCCGGGGCUUCUGACAGUUAUCAAUGAUAUACAUUCUCGGGCACUGACAACCCAGAUUAAAAAUCGCGGAUUGUCAGUACCAGAUACCCUACACGAGCCACUCCGCUAUGGCUGUCUUGUCGGGCCGGCCACAAAACUCACAGCAAGCUACAUAUCCGAAAUGCUUGACCGAGCGGUUAGCCAAGGUGAUCGGGAGGUGGCGCAGCAAGACAUUCGUCUCAUUACAAUAGAUAUGGUCUCAACAGAUGUCUGA